GUGGUGGUGGGGAAAUCCCCCCCCCCAAAAAAAAAAAAGUUGUCCCUGAUCCCGGCGCACACACCAUGGCUUCCAUUAAGGCCAAAGCCCUGUACAGCUUCCAGAGCGAGAACCCCGAGGAGAUCAGUAUCCUGGAGCACGAGCAGCUGCUGGUGUUCAACGAGACGUCGCUGGACGGGUGGCUGGAGGGGCAGAACAGCCGCGGGCACCGGGGGCUCUUCCCGGCCUCUUACGUGGAGAUCCUCAAGACCAGCGCCUCCUCCUCUUUGUCCUCCUACACCGACUGCAGCCCGGCCGGGUCCCCGGGGAGCCCCGGCGCCUUCUUCGCCCCGGGCCCCGACCACCAGAGCAGCUACGACGACGACGACUACGACGACGACUGGGACGACUGGGACGACAGCUCGACCGUGGUGGACGAGCCCCCGGCGACGGGCGGCACCAACGGGCACAACCACCGCGUCCACCAGUACCCGCCCCCCACCGGCCCCCCAUCGCCUCACUCCGGGGUCAGCCACCGGCACAGGCCGUCGGUGGAGCGCCAGGACAGCGCCGCCGGCAGCAGACUGACCGCCAAGGGCAGCGUCGUGGGGAAGAACUUCAACCGCUUCUCGAGUUUCGUCCGGUCCGGGGGAGAGGCUUUCAUCCUCGGGGAGGUGCCCACGGUGUUCAAGAGCACCGAGACGUACGGGGUUCAGAUGGGUCCCAACGGGCCCCAGUGGUCCAACAGCCCCCACCCGUUCACCUGCACCAUCGAGGACCCCACCAGACAGACCAAGUUCAAGGGCAUCAAGAGCUACAUCUCCUACAAGCUGACCCCCAGCCACACCGACCGGACCGUGUUCCGCCGCUACAAGCACUUCGACUGGUUGCACAACCGGCUGCUGCACAAGUUCUCGGUCAUCUCGGUGCCCCACCUGCCGGAGAAGCAGGCCACCGGCCGGUUCGAAGACGACUUCAUCGAGAAGCGGAAGAGACGGUUGAUCCUGUGGAUGGACCACAUGACGAGCCACCCGGUGCUUUCUCAGUACGAAGGCUUUCAGCAUUUCCUGACCUGCACGGACGAGAGGGCUUGGAAACAGGGCAAACGGCGGACCGAGAAGGACGAGCUGGUCAGCGCCAACUUCUUUCUGACCAUUCGGAUCCCGCAGGAGCACCAGGAUCUCCAGGACGUGGAGGACAGGGUGGACCUGUUCAAAGCCUUCUCCAAGAGGUUGGACGACAGCGUCCUACAGUUGAGCAACGUCGCCGCCGAUCUCUGCAGGAAACACCUCGGAGGCUUCCGAAAGGAAUUUCAGAAAUUGGGAAUCGCGUUCAAUUCGAUCAGUCAGGCGUUCGAGAUGGAUCAACCGCACCUGUCGGUGCCCCUGAACAAGGCCAUUUCAAACACGGGGAGGACGUACGAAGCCAUCGGGGAGAUGUUUGCAGACCAGCCCAAGAAUGACCUGUUCCGGAUGCUGGAUACCCUCUCCCUUUACCAAGGACUGCUGUCCAAUUACCCGGACAUCAUUCACGUUCAGAAAGGUGCCAUUGCCAAGGUGAAGGACAGCCAGAGAAUGAGCGACGAGGGAAAAAUGGAUCAGGAACAGGCAGACGGGAUAAGCAAGCGCUGCCGGGUGGUUGGAUUCGCUUUGCAGGCUGAGAUGAAUCACUUCCAUGAGCGAAGGAUCGUUGACUUCAAACACAUGAUGCAGUCUUACCUACAACAGCAGAUCCUUUUCUACCAGCGGAUUGGACAGCAGCUGGAGCGAACACUGAGUAUGUACGACAACCUGUAGCCAAGAGCCCUAUGGAACCUGGGGUUUUACACAGGGAGAAUGGGAAGUUUUUCAGCCCCUGGAAAGGCACAGAGUCUCUCCCCCACCCCGUCCCCCAUCCCUCUUCUAGAACCAGUAACAGAUUUAUUCACUACUCAGAAGGAGCAGUCAUUGUACUAGCUCAUUAGGGCUUUGAAAUGUACUCCAUGUCUAACAAACACUUGGUGCCUUUCAACAUCAAAUCUGCAUUAUAUGACCCUUUGCACAGGAUGCUCAUGGUUUGGAACAUUUUCUUUUAAGGCUAUUUUUUAGAAUUGCAUUGUUUGCCACUGCUGUCCUCUUGCUCCGAUACUUGGAACUCCUUGGUGUGAGGACAUGCUCUGUAGUACCAUUGGCACCUGUACAGAUCUCAAGAUACAGCAACUGCUAAACCACAGUCAACUUUAUAGGGAACAAGGCUCUCCAUCAAAAAAGCCACACGGGUUUCAAAAGCUGUUUCGUCCUUAUUAGCGUUUACAGAUCAGAAAUGCUGACACCUCCUGCCGUGCAUUCAAUAUAACAGAAACACUCCCAUCAGUUACUCAACACCUGCUGCACACCCACGGUAUGACUUCACCAGGUAACCGUAAAAUGACUGGGCAAGUUAACUAUAGGGACAGGAAACCUCAAUAUGAAGGGAUGUCAAAACAUAUGAAAACUAUAACUACAGCUCUAGUUUUAUCGAUAGAAUGUAAACUAUGCCAGAGCAUUAGGUUGGGACUCAGUAGGCUAGAAAUCCUUGAGAUUGGGUUGGCAGUCUCAGUUCUAGAGCUUGAGCUAUCACUAAGAUAUAGCAUUGGGUUAGUGAUCGCUGGGGUAGAAUAUUUCAGUAUUGGGCAAAAACAAUAGGUUUCAGUGAUGUCGAACAGAAUGAGAAAGUGAACAAUCACAGAGAGGGGUUGGGAGUGUUGAUGCAAAGUGCAUAUGAAAUGGUGAAGAAAACUUGAGCGUGUGAAAUAAGAAAUGUGCAAGGGUAAAGGUUGAAAUCAAUCCCUUUUCUUGGAUGCCUGCUAGAAAGGCUCCUGGGAAUGAUUUGACACUUAUUUAGCCUAUAGUUGUGAUGUGCCAAUAACCUUGCUCCUGACAUUUAAGGAAUACACUGCACUUUAGCUUGUAUUCUUUACAACCUAUCCCACUGCAAUGUAACUCAGAGCUGUAUACCAUUUUUACCUUGUACAUCGAUACUCGGGGCUAAAUAUAAAGUAUCUGCAAUAUUUAACAUUAUCAAUAUAACGAUUGCAUAUUGAUAACUAUGUAAGUGAGCAAUGUGGGUGGCAUAUUCUUCUCAGACUGAAAACGGUGUCACUGUGCAAUGUCACCCAGGAUGCUGUUGGUACUAUGGAUGGGCAACGUACUGAUGUAAUGUGUCAUUAUCUAUGUAUCGAGAAGUAAUGGUGGAAUUAAUUUGACAACAAACUUUUCGCAAUGUUGAAGAGAGAAUAUGUGGCAUUGGAAGCACAGAAAGAUGUGUGAAGAAAGGAGAGUUGAACGAUUACAUGAUAUCUUCAAGUGUCAUUCCGGACUUUCAGAUUUCCUGUUCUCUCCAUCUCUCCUUUCCCCACAGUGAAUUUUUCUAACCCCACCCCCACUUUCCAGGGUUUUUGCGGGGAGAGUUAAGCAGUGACGCACAUGCAUGAGACUGCUGGAAGAAGCACGACAUUCAGUUUGCCGCUGCACCAGCAUUUUCAAGUUCUUUCAAGACUGAACUCUAAAAGAUGUUGAAUAUUAAGCCACCAGACACAUUCCAGGCAUCUUCACGCCGUCACAGAUACUGCUGUACAUUUAAAACUUUAUGACUUGUUUUUCCUCUCUCCUCCCCCACGUGAGUGUGCCUCUCGAUAUUGGGGAGCUCUUAGCAUCUCCUCAGUGCACAGGAAUUUCAUCUUUCUUUACUGCUCUGUGUCCACUGGAUACUCCAGAGAUGACACAGUUGCUUGAAGUCUGGGAUAUGAGUUUGGAAGCAGGUUUGAAAAAGGAAAUAAACAAUAAAAGUACAAAUAUUGAAA